AUGCAUAUCAAGUACCUCCUCAUCAAUCUUUUCGCCCUGGCCGUCUCGGUCAAGGCUCUCCCUGAUGCCGACAACGACUUCGGUCUUGAGGCUCGGGAUGACUCCGACGCUCUCGUCCAGCGCUGGGACUGUGGCCAUGACGCCAAGGAAGUCUACGGCAAGUGUGUCUGCAACGACAAGCAGCUCACCUGGAACGGCAAGAAGUGUGUCUGCCCCAAGGACACCACCUGGCAGUAUGGCAAGUGUGUGCCUAACAAGCCCUCUUGCCCCAAGCCUCAGGUUUACAACCCUCACUCCAAGAAGUGCGAGUGUCCCUCUGGCACUGAGUGGAAGUACGGAAAGUGCAUUCCCAAGUGCCCUCAUGGUCAGUCCUAUGACAAGGACCAAGACAAGUGCGUCUGCCCCAAGGGCACUGAGUACAAGUACGGCAAAUGCAUUCCCAAGUGUCCUGAGGGUCAGUCCUAUAACCAGCACAAGGACAAGUGCGAAUGCCCUGCUGGCACAUCUUGGAAGUACGGCAAAUGCGUGAAGGACUGCCCCAAGGGACAAUCCUACAACUGGAAGACCAAGCAGUGCGAGUGCCCCGAGGGAACAUCCUGGAAGUACGGAAAGUGCAUCAAGGACUGCCCCAAGGGACAGUACUUCAACCAGCACAAGGACAAGUGCGAAUGCAACAAGGGCACUGAGUGGAAGUAUGGCCAGUGCGUGCCCGUCUGCCCCAAGGGACAGGAGUACAACAAGUGGUCUCACAAGUGCGAAUGCCCCAAGGGAACCUCUUGGAAGUACGGAAAGUGCAUCAAGGACUGCCCCAAGGGUCAGAGCUACAACCCUCACUCCAACCAGUGUGAGUGCCCCAAGGGAACUGAGUGGAAGUACGGCAAGUGUAUUCCCAAGUGCUCAAACGGUCAGUACUUCGACAAGGAGAAGUGGAAGUGCGUCUGCCCCAAGGGAAAGAUCUUUGAGUACGGCAAGUGUGUCUGCCCCGAGAACCAGGUCGAGAAGUACGGCAAGUGUGUCUGCAAGGACGGUUUCAAGUUUGAGUACGGAAAGUGUGUUCCCGAGUGUCCCAAGGGCCAGACCUUCAACAAGCACACCAAGAAGUGCGAGUGCCCCUCCGGCAAGGUUCUGAAGUACGGAAAGUGUGUCUGCCCCGACAACCAGGUUGAGAAGUACGGCAAGUGUGUCUGCAAGGACGGCUUCAAGUUCGAGUACGGAAAGUGUAUUCCCCAGUGCCCUCAAGGCCAGACAUACGAGCACGGAAAGUGUGUCUGCCCCGCCGGCAAGGUCUACAACAAGUGGCACAAGAAGUGUGAGUGCCCCGAGGGCAAGGUCGAGGCCUACGGCAAGUGUGUCUGCCCCAAGGGGCAGAUCGAGCAGUACGGCAAGUGCUCGUGCCCCAAGGGCCAGUACUACGACCGCUGGAGCAAGUCCUGCAAGUGCCCCAAGGACCUGAGCUGGGACGGACACAAGUGCGCCUACGACUGCGGCAAGGACGCCGAGUACAAGUACGGCGGCUGCGUCUGCAAGAAGCACGACCAGGUCUUUGACAAGAAGUCCAAGACUUGCAGCUGCAAGCAGGGCUGGUACUGGGACCAGCACAAGGGCGCCUGCAAAAAGGGCGGCUACUAA